ACGUCAGUCGACGUCACGUCAUUCGAUUCGAUUGCAUUUCGUUGAAUCGUGUUGCUGUUAUCCGGCUUAAAGUAAUAUAAUUGCUUUAAAUUAACACAAAUUUGUAAUGAACUUAUUUUAAAUACUUACAAAAUGCGGAUAACAAAUUUAAGACGCGGAAGGAUCGCGCGAAUGGGUGGUGUAUGUGCAAUUUUACUGAUGCUCAUUUACGCUCUACACAAGUGGUCAAAUGAAAACGUCGUCAAACAAGAGGAUGUAAUAGUUUCGGACUCCCUUAGUAAUUCUUUCAAAUCGCACCAUCAUGUUUAUCCGACCCUGAAAACCGAUGUGUUGGGUAACUUCGAACCCAAAGCGCGGCGGUCGGUGGUCGGGCCCGGCGAGGAAGGCAAGCCCUACCACAUGUCACAGGACCGCGCCAACGACGUGGCCGAGUCGGAGAGCGAGUACGGCAUGAACAUAGCCGCCUCCGACAUGAUCGCCAUGAACAGGUCGAUCCCCGACACGCGCUUGGAAGAGUGCAAAUACUGGCACUAUCCAACAGAGUUGCCCUCUACGUCGGUGAUCAUUGUGUUCCAUAACGAGGGCUUCUCCGUACUGAUGCGCACCGUGCACACCGUCAUCGAUCGCUCGCCGCCGAACAUACUGCACGAGGUGGUGCUGGUGGAUGAUUAUUCCGAUAAGGAUAACCUGAAGUCAAAUCUCGAUAACUACAUAAAGCGAUGGAAAGGCAAAGUGCGUUUAAUUCGCAAUUCGCAGAGAGAGGGGCUUAUCAGAACCCGCUCCAGGGGCGCCCAGGAGGCGACAGGGGAUGUUAUAGUGUUCCUCGAUGCUCAUUGCGAGGUCAACGUGAACUGGCUGCCGCCGCUGCUCGCGCCCAUUUACCGAGACUACAAGACUAUGACCGUCCCAGUUAUAGAUGGAGUCGACCACAGGACCUUCGAGUACAGGCCCGUGUACGCACACGACACCAACUUCAGAGGCAUCUUCGAGUGGGGAAUGCUCUACAAAGAAAACGAAGUACCCGACCGAGAAGCCAGCAAACACUCGCACAAAUCCGAGCCUUACAAGAGCCCUACACACGCGGGCGGUCUUUUUGCCAUAAACAGGAAGUAUUUCCUGGAAAUCGGAGCAUAUGACCCCGGUUUAUUAGUUUGGGGGGGCGAGAAUUUCGAGCUCAGCUUUAAAAUUUGGCAGUGCGGCGGCAGCAUCGAGUGGGUGCCGUGUUCCAGAGUAGGUCACGUUUACAGAGCAUUCAUGCCCUACUCGUUUGGCAACUUGGCGAAGAAUCGCAAGGGUUCCCUGAUAACUAUAAACUACAAGAGAGUAAUCGAAACGUGGUUCGACGAGGAGCACAAGGAAUAUUUCUACACUAGAGAGCCGAUGGCGAGGUUCUUGGAUAUGGGGGAUAUAAGCGAGCAAGUGGCCUUGAAGGAGAAGCUCAAGUGCAAGGACUUCAAGUGGUUCAUGGACAACGUGGCGUACGACGUGUACGACAAGUUCCCCAAGCUGCCGAAGAACGUGCGCUGGGGCAUGGUGCGCAACAAGGCCGGGAACGUGUGCCUCGACACCAUGGGCAAGGCGGCGCCUGCAUAUAUUGGCACGUCGACAUGUCACGGCGCCGGCAACAACCAGCUGUUCCGGCUGAACGCGGCCGGCCAGCUCGGCGUCGGCGAGCGCUGCGUCGAGGCCGACGCCGACAGCGUCAAGCAGGCCAUCUGCCGGCUCGGCACCGUCGACGGGCCCUGGAGGUACGACGAAGAGAACCACCAUAUAAUCCACCGGCUGCACGGCUACUGCCUAACGCUGCAGCCGCACGCGCGCACCCUGGCGCUGGCGCCCUGCGACCCGCGCAACACCUACCAGCAGUGGACCAUCACCCACAAAAAGCCCGGCUGGUGAUACCCCACACUCUAACUCUAAAUACUAUACCUAUGUGUUCGAGGCCAUGCUGACGCGUGCGACGGUGUGAAGCAAAAAAACGAAAAGUGGCCUAAAAUGUGCGGCUAAAUAGAUCUUACUCGU